GAGCAAUGAAAGGUGACCGGGAAGCGCUAUGAGCGGGCUGGGAUCCUUCGCAGCCAGGUCCGUUGCCAGAGGCGAGGUGCUGUAUUUAUUUUCGCACUCUUUUUAUAGCGCUUAUGUCUCGACAAGGGUUGUGGAAUUCAUGCCACGUAUCUGGCAUGGCGCACCUUUCUUUCGAUCCAUCAGCGCUCGGAGUGUCAAUGUGUGGUUAACUCACCUAGAGGCAGGACUUAGUACCUAUUACGGCACGUGACUAUAAAGUAAAUUGAAACAUUGUUUAGAAACCAUGUCUAUGCAUUUUUAUUAUAACUAUAUAUUUUCCUUCUAUAGACCACCUCUGUCUAGUUGAAAAUGCUUUUCGCUUGACGAGCCGGCAAGACGGGACCGAAUCACAAAUGGAAAAUCGGGAAGUUCUCGCAAUUGGUUACAUCGCAUGAACAAAAAAAAAAAAAAAUAAAAGGAUGAUUUAGAAUCAAGACCCUAGCACUGCAGGUCUCUUAGCAGUGUGCUUCUCCCGCCGUAGUUGCUCAGUGGCUAUGGUGUUGGGCUGCUGAGCACGAGGUCGCGGGAUCGAAUCCUGGCCACGGCGGCCGCAUUUCGAUGGGGGCGAAAUGCGAAAACACCCGUGUACUUAGAUUUAGGUCCACGUUAAAGAACCCCAGGUGGUCGAAAUUUCCGGAGUACCCCACUACGGCGUGCCUCAUAAUCAGAAAGUGGUUUUGGCACGUAAAACCCCAUAAUUUAUUUUUUUAAUUUAGCAGUGUGCUUCAACAAAAGUGCGCACUGAGGAAGGCACAUGAAAUGCUAUUCGGCGUUAAUCCACCCAGUCGGCUUAAUACAUUAGGCUUUCAGUGAGGAAAACUUCGCUACCGAUUCUAAAAGAAGGCGCAGCGGACACAGCAGCGUUCGUUCCUCCGCCUCACAGCUCGUCCGCUGAGGCGCGACGAACUUCGCCGCAGCGGCUAGCGCCAUGCCUCAACUGAUCAGGAAGGCAAGAGGCACCCCGUGGUGGCUUCAUUCAUCGAGCCCCUUCAGCGGCUUUCCCGCCAGACGCCCGCGUCCCGCCAUCUUUCAACCGACGCGUGUCCCACAGUACCGAGCGUUGGAGCGAAGAAGAAAAGCUACCCAGCCGCGCCCAACCCGCCGACGUCCACGUAGCAGCGGCGGCGGCAGGCGCGGGCGAGCGCACGCGCUCGGCGCGCCGGUGUGUUGUCUGUUUGAGCGAAGCCCCCGCGGACCCGUAGUAGGGAGCGCGAGAAGAGCUGGUGGCGGGGGCAAGCUGGCGUGUUGUCGCAAGAUGGCGUCGUCCAGCCCCGACCACCGCGCUCGUCGCCGACGAGCACCGGCCGCUUACCGCGAGCUACAGGUGUUGGCCAGACGGUCCCCGGGCGUGGCGACGUGCAGCUGCCUCCUGUGGGGAAGAAGGGGGCCCCGGUGCGUGACAUUGAAGCCGCUGCUGCUCAACGGACGUCCCCGCCGCCGAGGGGAGAGGGGGGACGGCGUCCUCAAGCGAGGGGGCGCACGACCGCCGCCGCCGGGUCGACCCUAGCGGGCGCCGCGAGAACUAGACCUCUCCUCCAGCAGAACCCAACAUGGCGCACACGUCGUCCGCUGGCAAGACGGCACGACUGAGCCUGCGAAGCAAUGGACACCAAGUCGACUCAGACGCCAUGGACGACCGGUCCUCCUCACCGGAUCAGGAGUCGUAUUCCCGCUCGAAAUACGAGAAACCCUCCAGGAGCUCGAGGAAGUUGGACACUGACGGCAAUGGCGAGGAGACGGACAAGCGGAAGCGGCCGAUGCGCUUCUCCGGCCAGCACGACAUCCGGCUGCUGCAGGAAGUCGUGAGCCUGAAUCCGUUCAAGGACACGCCACCCACCACCACGUGGGCGUCAAUCUCCAAGAACCUCGAGCACCUGUUCACGAUCAGCUCGAGGCGAUGCCGGGAACGAACCAUCCUGCUGUUGGACCAGUUCAUCAAAGGCGACUACCCGAGCCUGCAGCGCUUCUGCACCAAAGAGGAGUUCGCUAUCAAGGAGCAGCUGCUUCAACAGGUUCUUCAGCAAUACGAAGACGGCGCAGGUGGAUACAGCUCUCGCAUUGGCGGCGGCUUUGUCACUGCUGCCGCAGCGGCAGCAGAGGACGAAGAGGAUGACGAUGACUUUGACCCGGAGAAGAUCCGGCCCCGUGUCAUUCUGCACGAGGACUCGACGCCUGAGCCGUACACGACUCGCCAGGGAAGCGUCGAGCACGAGCAGAACGGCACGUCGACGAAGGAGCAGACCUCUUCCACGUCAUCGUCCUCGGCCAAACGGCCACGGCUCGCCGAUGGCCGAUCGCCUUUCUCCGGCAACGGCGGCGGUGCUCUCACCGAUGACGACGGAGGCCUCGAGGAGUUCGCCGUGGCCGCCGCCAUGGGCGACGCCGCGAAGGGGACCGACUUCCCGACACAGGUGGUGUCCUUCCUGGUGACGCGCCAGGCUAAGGAGAUGCGCGUGCGCGAAAAGGAGCUCAAGCUGCGUCGCGAGGAGCUCGAACUGGAGCGAGCCAAGCUCAAGCUCCAGGAGGACCGCCUCGCCCUCGAGAAGGCGCGCUUCGAGAUCGAGCGCCAGGAGCGCGAGCUGCGGCUCCGCUCGGAGAGGCAGGAGCGGACGCUCUUCAUGGAGGUACUCAAGAGGGUGGUCAGCUCAGGACUCGCGGACUCCUAGCGCGCUUUCCACCUGCCGCGUGCAGACAGCCCGUAUUCGCCCGCUUUUUCUCUCACUUCUACAAGUGUGUGUGUACGUCUGAAAGACGCCACUUCCACUUGUGCUGGUAGCGUCUGCCUCUCGGGGUUGCAUUGCGUCAGCGGCAACAAGCGCACGACUUGUGCUCCCGACCGACAAUGUGGCUACCAUGCCGCUCAGAAGUGUUGAGACAAGUGGUCUAAGGCAUAAAGGGACUUUAUGGGUGCCAUGUGACGUUUACCUGUCAAUGGCAUUAGGUACCUGAGUUACUUCAGGAAGGACCCUGAAGCGAAUGCAUCACAGUGUAGAGGUUGCGUGGAAAAAAGCACAGCUCUUUCAUAAAGAACCGGGGCCAUCUCCCACAUGACUCACCAUCUGGCUGCAUAGGCCUGGUGAUGAGGGUUACAUGGAGAAUGAGGGCGAGAGCUCUACGAUAUGGUCUUUACAACUCAUGCAGCACAAACUAAACACCAGUACCGCAGCACCAGCAUGGCCCAGUGUGCACCUUUUCAAGGAUGCACUUUUGGAAAGUGGUGCAUGUCUGAGCCUAAUCUGUCUGAAUGCCAGGCUACCCAGUUCUUGCCUAGCACUUCUCAUGUUGCCGAGGUGAUAUGUUUUACUGCUUCUGUACAGUGCUUCAUGAGAAUUGUGAGAGAGGCUGCGACCUGUACACUUCUGCCCCUGUUUAACAGUUUAUGGACAGCUUGCACGCAAGAUAAGACAUGGAAAGUUGGGCUAAUUGACAAUCCGUCAUUAUACUUACAGUGCAGGAAUACAGGAUAGACAGGCAGGCAGGCACUGUGUGUAUGUCUGCUCCUCUCUUUCUCAUGUUCCUGCACUGUACAAAUAAUUGUGAAUCACCUACAUAAAUGCACCAUUGUCUCAUCUUGUCAGGUGCCACCCUUCUUUUAAAGCAGAUUACGCACUGCUGAUAAUUACAUUCACUUUCCACAUGUUGUAUUCGUUUCAGGGCUCCUUUUGUGAAAGUGUCCUUUUUCUUUGUGUGUGCACUAUUGUAAUGUGUGUGUGCAUGUUUGUGGAUGUGCAUUCACGCUAGUGAUGGGAGCACUCAAUGCACUGUGUAGUUACAAACCUUCUAGUGAGACAUUUAUAUUUAAGUGCACUUUGACACUGGUUAGUCCUGGUUUCUUGCACCAGUUGAUGCAGGUGCACCUGAAGUAAUGAAAGCAGGUGCAUUGUUGUAGCAGUGCUUUCAUGUUUCACAUUGCACCAGUGGAUACUGAAACAUGGUUUCUCGCUCUUUUCUUGUGUGCCAUUAUUUCGCUAAACUAUGUUUGAAAUUAUGCAUACAUGCUUGAAGAAUGUGCUCCAAGUUUCUUCUUUGUUUCAUCUUUAUUAGCAGGCCUAGUAACUUCCUCAAUUUCAGAAACACAGUAGACUCCCAUUAAGAUGAACUCGAAGAGAUCACAAAAUAUGUUCUUGUCAAAAGAUUGUCCGAAUAAAAGUCAUCCUCAAAACUGUAAAUCUUCUAUUCUUGGUGAACCGAAAUAUUCAUUGCAUAAAAAAGUAAAUGAAACAGCAUUAAAACCAAAACAAACAAUGCCAUAGAAAGUAUUGCCUUAUGCAGUCUUGGCAAUUGAGUAGAUGUUGCCUUCUGGCACUCUGCAAAUCUGCACGCUGUCACAAAAGCUGAAAUUUCAGCUAGCUUGCUUAAAAGGUCUUUGGUGUUCUCAUGUGGGAGAAAUGCAACAAAAUAUUCAGGGCAUUAUCAUAUACACCAUUCUUGAACACCACUGGUUCUUGUGGCUCCUGAGCAGUGUCCUGACCAUAAUUAUCAGCCUGAAGGGGGGGGGAGUCGGGGACCUUCUCAAUUAUUUUCUAUGACAUCAGCCCUACAGGCAUCCACAUGAUCAUCGAUGCUGGUGUAGCUUCUUAAGUGCACAGAAACACCAUUUGCUUCUUGUGUGUAGCUAGCAAUGCAGUCUCCGUAUUGGAUUAUCUGAGCAUCUCAGAGUUGCAGGCUAUAGUCGGCUGCAGGAGUUAAGGUUAACCAAAUCAGUCGUUUGUUAAGCAGAUUUUGUUUUGCAUUGGGUCUGUGGGAAAUGGGCGACUAUUCACACAUGGUUCUUCUCAUCCAAAAAUGUGGCUUAAUCGGGUUCACCUUAACGGAAGUAUACUGUGUAGAACAGGACAGCUAGAAUGAUGUCAUCUGCAAUGUAAAUUGCUGGCAGAAAGCACUUGAAAAACUCCCCUGGAUGUAAAUUUGCAUGCAAAUUCGUGAAAUUGCUUUUGUUGUUAGGUGAGCCAGCGUAUCAGCAUUGCAUUGCCUCUGGUUGCUUCAGAGUCAAAGACUUUAAGGUUUCCAUUUAGGUAAGAUUGGCUCAGCAAAGAACUUUUGUAUUUUUAAAGGUGGAAGACAUGUUCAUUGCAUCCAAAAACAUCCGCAGUGUUAGUAUCAAGUUUAUUUCUAGCCUGUUGUCUGAUUGAAAGGAGAGAUGUUGUAAAACGCGUACAUACUGCUUUCAGUUUCGAGUGUUUUUCUUGGGACCAUCGCCUCACUCUCGGGAGGGAGUUAGCUUGCUUUGGUGUGACCUGCAUUGUAAAUGAAUGGAUAAAUAUAGAGCAUGUUACUGACCUACUGCAUAGAUGGAAAUAGCUUGCGUCGAGUUCGCCGAGACAUAUCUUUGUAUAUACACCGCUGGGCCUAGGAUAUGGCCUUGUCAAAUAUUUGCACGCACUAUUUUUCUGCUGGGAGGACCAGUCUCUGUCAAAUGUGCAAGAAUAUCAAGACACUGUGUGUUUCAAAUGUUGUGUUCUUGAGGUUUGGAACAGAACGCUUGGACAUAUCUGCAUUUUUAUUUUAUGCCACAGGGAAAGGCUAUUGAAUUUUCAGUGAAAACAAAUUUGGACUUUCGAGUCGAAUUGAUGAUGAACACUUGUGACUCAUUCAAGAAGCACCUAAUAGAGUGCAAUGUUACAUCAAAGAAAACCUUACCAACCAUAUGACCAUCUUUAGAUGCUAUAGGAUGAAAGCAUUGCACAGGGUAUAUCAUCUGUGGAACUAGAACUAAAUGCAGAUAUUCUUGGCGUUCCUUAGUUUGGUCAUUUCCAAGGAAUGCAUCCCAAGUGUUCAAGAGAAACGGUGCAAGGAAAGUAUGUCACAACCAUUCUUUACUCUGAGAUAGGUUUCCUUGCCUAAUGCAGUAAAUUGUGAUGUCUGUUCCUAAACAUAAAUGUGCUGUUCAGACGUUUGCAAUAGAAGCUAAGAUAGUGGACGAGCAGGCUGCGAAGUAUAUAGAAAUACAUAGGGAUUAUAAAUAGGUUGCCUUAGAAUUGUCGCUUUCACACUGUUACUACCAGGUGGAAGUGUCUCGGCACCAUGAACUCUUUGCUCUCUGGUGAGCCAACAAUAAGCUGACCCAAUAAUUAUUCAUUUGUAGUCUGAUAGGAAAAGCAAACACCAUUGGGGCCCAAAUGCAACAGACUGCUUCAAAUAAAAACAAUAAUGUGUGCAUAAUUUUACAUAAGCGAGUGUUCACCAUUUGGUCGCUUGUCGCAUAGCUUGUGUACUGUAUAUUGUCUUUCAUUGAGGCCUACAGUUGCAUGUUAGCACCAGUGGUGCCUGUUUCAUCCCAUUCUUAUGCACUGUUCAGACAUUAUCACAGUCCUUGUACUAUCCAUUCUUUCAUGAGAACUCGAACUGCACUAAACUCUCGAGUAUAUGACCAUGGUGUAUUUUCACUGUCACUUAUUGCAAUUGUUAGGCUGGCCUUCGAAAGUGUUCAAAACCUGUAACAAGGCCUUCUUCUAUGCUGUCGGUGGCCACAAUGCCACCUAAGGCUUUGGAUGGCUAGUGGUACAUAGCGAUAGGCUGCAUGCUCUGUCACAAAAGGUGUGAAGCCAUGGAGCCAUGCGUGUUGCUGUAGCAUGUUGACUGAUUUAUUUAAUGAUAAUGGAAAUGUUAGUAAAGUUUGUCACUUUGCUUUUCACAACAUUAGAUCAUCUAAUGAAUGGACAGAAAUGACGUGAACAAGCAAGCAAGUCGAAACAUAACCCCACACAACAAGAUGAGCACUCAGUGUCAGCGUACUUGAGUCAUGACCAGUGUAGUGACUUGUAAUUCAUUGUCGCUUUGUAUGUUCCAAUAUAUAUUUCAAUUGCUGUUUUUGUUGCCUGAAUAAUUGUUUGCACAUUGUACCAAAUGUCAUGUCGCGCCCACUGCACUGCCGUAGCAUGUCAGAUCUUCUGUGUUCAUGUUGACCUUAUAAAUUUGCUGCAAGCGGACACCUGCAAUCAUAGUUCCAGGGUACAAUAGCGGCCACAUUCCGACAACAGAAGUGGUCUGCUCUUUGUGAAGGAAUUUAUUUAAACUAAAUGCCAUGACACCCUGUACAUGUUCACUAAAAAUUAGAUGCGGAGACAGUGAAUGAAUGGAUAUGCCGGUUUUUGCCAUUGAACAUAUAAAGCUAUGGGUUUCAUUGAUUCCCCUGCACUUCCCUUGUCACAACAUUAAUGACGAGGUGCCAUUCGUAACGCUGACAAGAGCAUUGCACAACUUAAAGCCCUUUCCACCAGAUGUGUUCUGGCGCUCCUUCCCGCCUUAUUUUUCUGGCGUCCUCUCCCUCGUGGGCUCACUGUCACUUAAGCGCAUACUGCUCAGUCCAAUACGCCAUACGCUACGUUCGCAUUUAUGUAAACAUGGCUUAGUCACGUUUACAUGAAUGUGACAGUAGCAUAUCGCAGUUCCUAGCACAUCACAAUAAUACUAUGCGAUAGCGUUUACAUGUGGUGCAACAAGCCGUAACCUGUUUCUGGUGAGUGUGUCUCGCCGGUGAGCAGAGAACACACACACCGGCAGCCGUCUCACAUUUCUUCUUUCCCUCGGUGCGAUGCGCUAUCGUUUACAUGCACCGCGUAAGUACACUUAAUGUGUCAAUUUACUCCUCUCCGGGCACAUCAAUGUAAUUCGCUUUCUCAGCGCAUUACCGUCGUUUACAUGUAUGCGAUGUGCUAGAAAUGUGAUGCGCCGCUGUCAGAUCAAUAUAAAUGCGGAUAAAAUUGCAUCUUGGAAGAUACAUGUGCAGAUGAUACCUCGUCAAGCUGCAGUUGUCACUUACACCCUGUACACACUUUCCAUUCUGUAUUUUUUCCUUCCUUGCUGUUCACAAAUAAGAAUGUAUACCAACAGAACCGUUAUGGCAUUCUUUGUUACCGUUCCAAUUUUUUUUUUCGUUGCACUGCUUCUGUAAUUUGGAGAAAGUUGGUUGCGUGCUAGCUACGUUUGCAUCGGAGAUCAGUCUUGCUACAAGAUCUAGUAACUACUGCUUGGCCGUCCACUUUUUCUUUCUUUGUGUUGCCACAGCGCAAACGAAUCCGAGAACAACUUGCCAGGCAAAUUCUUUUGAGCUUCCUUUCAAGUAUUACAUUCCAGCUUUGAUGCUGCUGUUUUUUUCCUGUAGUUGCAGUUUAAUGAGCUCCAAGUGUGUUUCGUUAAUUUCCACAAAAUAUGUCAUUGAUUGCAAGGUUUGUGAAGGCUACUCCUGUUUGUAUAAAUGUUCCUGAUAUAUAGGUUUUUGUAAGUUAGCAACCAGAAGAUGAAGGGGUCUCGUCACUCAGCCGAUAAGAAUGCUGAACAUGACACGGCAUUGUAAAGCAAAAAUCUUAUAAAGAAAAGGAAGAAAAUCGGAUAAUACGAAGUGCUCACAAUGCGUAAAGAAAUACCGCCAUACAAAAGCGGGCUUUCGUAAACUGUCUUGGUUUCCUUUCCCCGAGUGACUUAACAAGUGACACCUACACUGUCAAUAGCAGCCGAUCAUGUGUAGCUUGCUGUUGUACGUUAUCCAUGUUUGGUUAUUAAAAUGUGCAAUUUCUCACAGCGAUGAAAAUUUCCAGGCAUCCAAUUUUCAUUCAUUACCGCUAAGUAAAUAUCAUAGCCAUUCGAAUGUUGAAGCGAUUUUGUACUCAGAUUAUACUGUCAAAUAUUUUUCUGUUUCCACUCGCCGUGAUUGAGCAAAAACAUUAGAAUAUAAUCGCCUUCCUACCAAGGGGAAACAAUUUAUUUGGAGCGGUCACCUUUCGCAUAUAUUAGGUGUCUCAAAUACACUGACCGCACGUGGCUCGCCGAGCUCUUGUUUGUGUUUCCUGAACCAUAUCCAAUUCCUGGAGGGAUGUAUAGGCAUGGAUGUACUUAACUAGCAUACCCUUUGAAGCGGUCUAGCAGCUGGUGCCGCUGUGUUCGCUUUUUCUGCCUUUCUGCUGCGUUUACUUUUAACCUUUAGGAACCCUGGUUCGCAUUAACAAGCCAUCAAAAUUCUCCCAAGAAGGCUGCAGUGUGGCCCCUUUGUGUAUGUGACCCGACAACUGACGUGAGUUUGAGAGCCAUGACAUAGGUCAUCGUGGUCAUCGCAGUCCAGUGAAUCUCUUCCCGCAUGUUGCGACAAAUUUAUGAUUGUCAGUUUUUGUGUUGUGCGGUAUAUCUCUCCGUCUCCAUUUUGUUUGAUCUUGUACACUAAACGUUUUAUUUCGAACGCCCAAGCAAGGACGUUCUCAAUGCCAAAGUUGGUACCCAUUUCAAGAGUGUUUGGUGCGCUCCUAUACGCCUUUGUGAUAUAAAUAAAUAUUGUAUUUAUUGACUACA